AUGGAAGUUAAACUUAGAAAAUUCACAACCAAGGGUUAAGCACUUGUUGCUUCAGCCAACCUUUUCCAUGAGGAAAAAAAGAUUACAUUCUCAAGGGAUGAAUCUGUAGCAAAUGACACUCUUGCUGUCUAAAAUUAAUAAGCAAUUAGCGGAUGGACUGCUAUUUUCUCUUAUCUCCUCUAGUUAAAGAUUGAUAGUCCUUUAUUUGGUGAUUUCUACUUUGUUUGCAACUAAUUGAAGAGUGGUAAAAGAUAAGUAGAAGAAAAUGCCUUAGAAAAUUUGAAUAAAAUACUUUCUACCAGAUAAUUCUUAAGCGGAGAAGAACUUGGUGAAAUUGAUGUUAUUGCUUACACUCGUGUCAGAGCCUUUGUUAAGGAUCUUCCUUUCAGCAUUAAGCGUUUUACCCAUCUCCACGAUUGGUUUGUUGCUGCUUAAUCAACCUUAGAAGAUGCUGUUAGCAAAGCUGAAACUUUCGUUGCUUAACCUGUUGUUAAGGAAAAGAAAGCUGCUGGAAAAAAACCAGAAGGCAAACCUGAAAAACCAGAAAAGGCUGAAAAAACUGAAAAUCCUAAAAAGGCUGAAAAAACAGAAAAAGCUGAAAACCCUAAGAAGGCUGAAAAGGCUGAGAAAAAGGAAGCCAAAAAAGAAAAGGCUGAAAAACCUGCUGCUACUGAAGCUCCUAAAAAGGCUCCUGCUAAAGUUGAUACUAUCGAUCCUGCUUAUAAGGAAAAAAUUAACAAUAUUAGAUUCGUUAGAAGCAAUAAGGGUGAACCCGUUUUACCAGUAGAUGGUUAAAGAAACAUUUUGAUCACCUCUGCUCUUCCUUACGUCAAUAACGCUCCUCACUUGGGUACAUUGAUUGGAUGUGUCUUGAGUGGUGAUGUUUUUGCUAGAUAUUGCAGAUCUAGAGGUUAUAAUACAAUUUACAUUUGUGGUACUGAUGAAUACGGUACUGCCACUGAAAUGAAGGCUCUUCAAGAAAAGACUACUCCUGCUGAAAUUUGUACUAAGUACUAUAAGAUUUAAAAGGAUGUCUAUGAUUGGUUUGAUAUCGAUUUUGAUAUUUUCGGAAGAACCACUACUGAAAAGCACACCAAGAUUUCUCAAGAUAUUUUCUUAACUCUUCAUAAGAAUGGUUACAUCAAGGAAGACAUCAUGCACCAAAGUUUCUGUGCUGCUUGUGAUAAAUUCUUAGCAGACAGAUACGUUAACGGUACUUGCCCCUUCUGCUAACACGAUGAUUGCCACGGUGAUUAAUGUGAUAAGUGUGGUAAACUCGUUAAUCCUGCCGAACUCAUCAAUCCUAAAUGUACAAUUUGCAAGAAUCCUUCUGUUAUUAAAGAAACUAAGCACUGCUUCCUCGAUUUACCUCAACUUGAAAAAGAAAUCGACGAAUUCAUUGAAAAGAGAUCAAAGGAAGGAGAUUGGAGUGAUAACGCAUAUAAAACAUCCAAGGCUUGGAUUAAGAAUGGUUUAAAAUAUAGAUGCAUUACUAGAGAUUUAAAAUGGGGUACUCCUAUUCCUCUUGCUGGUUGGGAAAACAAGGUUAUGUACGUAUGGUUCGAUGCUCCUAUUGGUUAUCCUUCCAUUACUGCUAAUUUGGUUGAAGACUGGGAAAAAUGGUGGAAAAACCCUGAAAAUGUUAAACUUUAUCAAUUCAUCGGUAAGGACAAUAUUCCUUUCCACUGUGUCAUCUUCCCUGGUACUCUCUUGGGAACUCGUGAAAACUGGACACUACUCAACUCUAUGUCAUCUUGUGAAUAUCUUUAAUACGAAUCUGGUAAAUUCUCUAAGAGUAAAUGCGUUGGUGUAUUUGGUGAUGACGCCUAAAAGACUGGCAUUCCCGUUGAAGUUUGGAGAUAUUACCUUUUGAUUAACAGACCUGAAUAAAACGAUACUAAUUUCUAAUGGAGUGACUUUGCUGCUAAGAAUAACAACGAACUUCUUCCUAACGUUGGUAACCUUGUUCAACGUAUUUUGAAAUUCCUCUACUCUAAGUUAGAAAAGAAAGUACCUACUUUAGAUUUCAGUCUAUUGAACGAAGAAGAUAAGAACUGGUUAGCUUCUAUUUGGAAUUUGUUCCAACAAUAUCUUUCUCAUAUGGAAAAGGUAGAACUCAAGAGUGCUCUUAAGGUUGUUAUGUAAAUUUCUUCUGAAGGUAAUAAUUAUAUGCAAAAGAAUGAACCUUGGAACAAGGCCAACCAAGAAACUGGUAGACACAUUGUCUCAUUGUUCGUUUUGGUCAACAUCAUUAGAUUCCUCUCUGCCUUAUUCGAACCUUUCAUGCCUACUCUCAGUGCUAAAAUUAAUUUCAUGUUGGGUUACGAAGCCAGAACCGCUAAAGAUGAAAAGAUCCUUGAAUUUAUCAGUUCUCAACCUGAUGCUAUCUCUGGUCUCCUUUCUCUUGUUCCUGGUGGAUAAAUCUUAAAUGAACCCAUUCCUAUUUUCAGAAAAUUGGAAGAUGAUGAAAUUGAAAACUUCAAGUUAUAAUUCAGCGGUGGAAAGAAAUUGUGA